AUGAUGAUUUCUGAAUUUCCCAUUGUCUUCCUGGCAAUAUUUGUGGAAGUGCCAACGCCUUUUCUUGAUGUCUUCUUCCAGCGCAUUGCCUCCCUUACCUACCCCAAGUCAAGGAUUCACCUACUUGUCCAUUUUAAUGAGGACGCAAAUUUCCAACACGGGAUUCUGGAACACUUCAAUUCUACGCAUGGACUUAGAUACAAAAUGACCACAGAGGUGUUUGCAAAUACAGAAGUUGAGGCUAGAAGUACGGCAUUGUCCGCCUGCUCGGCAAACGUAGAAUGCGAAUUUAUCUUUAUGAUAGAUGGCGUCGCACAAUUAACUAAAAAGGACACCCUUGAACAUCUGGUCACAACUAAUCGCAACUUUGUGGCUCCACUACUCCGCCGUAGAGGCAAGCUAUGGUCGAACUUUUGGGGUGCUCUGAAUAAAGACGGCUACUACGCUCGUUCAGAUGACUACGUCGACCUGGUGGAGUCAGAGCGCAUGUAG